AUGGCGGAAGAAGAGAGUGAAUUUGAGUUAGAGGGUUUUAAAAAAGAAUUGGAGAGUUUGUUUGUCAGUAACUCAAGUGAAGAAUACGGACUUCAAAGCAAGUUAUACUGUUUACGGUUCUGUAAGUUGGUGGAGGUGUAUUCCGGACGAUGGCAGGUACCCUUGCCACAGCUGCAGGUGCUCCAGACUGCUCUAUGUUCCUUUGUCCAAGCCUCGGCCUGCUUCCCGUCUGACUGUGAACAUGUAUGCUACACACUGAGUAGCCUUGCCCUGAGUGCUUUUGAGCUCUUGCUGUUUUUGAACAGGAAUAAGAUCCUGCAGGAUCCCUUGAAAAAUGUCCUUGAUUCGUUCCAGGAAUGUUUUUCCCAGCUGGAGAGGCACCAGAACAUUCACCUGCUCCAGGUGGGACAGAUCAUCAGAGAGAAGGGUCCGUGGACCAACCCCAUACUACAGGCCAUCCUGAAGGACUCACAACAGCCCCGGGAUGAAGUGGACCGGUACCUAGGCUCAGAGGUGCCAGUGUUCUUCGAGCUGCGUGUUCGUUACCUGCUGUCCAGUGAGAUGUUCACCGAGGCUGUGGUCUUGGCUAAGACCUGCUCUCAGCACCCUGUUGCCGGACGACACCUGUUCUUCAGACAGGCCUACCUCACCUGUCUCUUGAAGGCGUCGCUCCCUCACCAUAUGCACGAAGAGAUGUCUGACAUCGACGGUAAGGAUGCUGUGGAUAUCGUGUGUAACACAGAGAGUGAGGAGAGCGACGAGACGCUUUUGGCCCUCUGCACAGCCUUCCUCGCUCAGCAACUACACAGAGGAGACAUGUACUGCAUGUGGGAUUUGGUGUUCGUAUGGAGUAGACUCCAUCUGCGGGUCAGGCCUUCCAAGCAGGCCUUCCUGGAAGAGAGUCAUCGGUUGAUGCUUUCCGCCACCAACAUCAGAUCAAUAUUCUCUUUCAUCAGAGUGAUCCUUGCAGAGCUAGGAAAGGAUGGUCUCCAGUUUUGUGUGGAGCUCUGCACCCACUCCCUCCAGACGAACCCCUGCGACGACGCCACCAAGUCCCUCAUCUACAAGACGGUAGCCUACCUCCUCCCCAACGACCUGGAGGUCUGCCGGGCCUGCGCCCUCCUCGUCUUCUUCCUGGAACGCACCGUGGAGGCCUACAAAACGGUGUUCCUCCUCUACACGCACCCCGACCAGGAGUACCACGCCGAAGCCGGUCCCAUCGGGAACCACAUCCGCUUUGAGAUCCUCCAGACCCUGAAGAGAGGUCUCUACUUCGAUCCAGAGUUCUGGAACCUUUUGAAUCUCCGGACCAACUGCCUGAAGCUGAUGAGCGAGAAGAAGGCGGAGUUGGCGAUGAUGAUGAUGGAGGAGGAUGAUGGGUGGGUGUCCAACUACUGCAGCACCGCCACCAAAGAGCCCUGUUGCAGCUGGAGCGCCGACCUGUCAGAGCGUGUGCAGCCUACACAUGUAGAGACUAAACCAGUACAGACUAAACCAGUACAGAAACACGUUCAGAUUAAACCCUUUCACCAGGUAACGGCGCCCAAAAGGCGGUUCCAAAAAGAAGAGAAGAAUCACGGUUCCACGGCGCCAGCGGCAGCCAAACGUGUCAAAGCUCAAAGGUUGGAAAAGACCUCUGUUGUCGAGCCGCAGCAGCUGCCUGUUAAUCAUGUGACGCCGGUGACGGCGAAAGCUAAGAUAGAGAAGCUGGCUGAACCCCCUGUUGUCGAGGAACAACCUGUAAUAAAAAGAAGAGGGAGGAAGCCCGGGCCGAAGCCGGGACCGCGGUCAUCUGUCAAAACAACAGAGUCGUCAGCCGAGACCUCCUCUGUCAGACGGUCCUUCAGACAACUGGACAUGGCGCAGGAGAACCUGGCCAGGCAAGUCGGUCAUAGACCACAUAGGCACAUGACCAGACUCUCGGAGAAGAAACCUCCCAAACGGAGGGGUAGGAAACCCCGUUGGCUACUGGAGGGUACGUUUCAGGCUGAGAACAGUGCUCCCCGGAAGGGUCGCCAACCAGGGAGGAAACCUCCACAGCAGAAGACCCAGCAGACACCAGUGGACAAGACCAAUAAGACUUCUCAGUCUGGUGCCGCUGUCAAGGAAAGCACAACCAAACAAAAGAAUGCCGUGACCUCACAGAAUAAAAUGGCGGGCGCUCGUCUAACAGCUCCGAGGGAACAGGAAGGUAAACGUCAGAAGGAGAUUCCUGCUACUAACCACCUACCAGCAGUAUCUCCUGCUCAUGACUCAAAGCUGGAGGUCUCCCUACCUGACAACGAAAUAUUUGGGUUCUUCCAUGAGGAUUAUCUCAGUAGGCAAGGACCGGUGACUCUAAACUGUGAUAAAUCUAAGGCACCAAUCCAGGCACAGUAUCGGGUGAAGGAUCGACUCGGAGAGGUGGUUAUCCUUUCCCCUCAGAAUGCCAGUCUCUUCAUACACCAGUUGCACAACUACGCCCAGACGCCGAAGGCGGAAGGUGUCACGUUGAAUACCGAAACCUGUUUGUUGAAAGCGACAGAUGUCCGUCCCUCCCUAAACCAAAGUUGUCUGCCGGUGUCGUGUGACGCUUCGGGGGUAUUUUACCAGACGUCUCCAGUGGAAAUGGAAGUUGAGGUCUCCUCACAAACUGUCCAGGCAACCGCCACUGAUAUGACUUUCACACCACAAGGUGGAGCUGUCGAACACAUCGAAAGACCCAAGAAUGAGGAAGGAUUCUCUACUGAUGCUCAGCAAACAUGUACUCCAUCUGUUCUCGCAGUGAAUGUCAUUGUUCCUAAUAACACAGGAAGAAGAACAAAUACGGAUGUAACUGAUGUUCCAAGGGAACCAACGGAAGUUACGAAUAUUCCAAAAAAGCAAACCGCUUCUGAAGUCAGGGAUAUUUUAGAAUCGUCCAGGAAGUCCGAAGUUACUGAUAUUCUGAAAGAGGCUAUGGAUAUAGCAAACAUUGGUGUGGAUGAAGCAAUGAUGGAUGACGGUGACACUGGCAGCGUCCCUGGAAAGGAAACUCGGGAGCUUGUUGUUCUUACGCCUUUCUGCUGGCUGGCUAAUACCUCAAUGGAUGCGUUUGCCAAAGAGUUUGAAAAGUUUGCCAAGGGUCCGGAUUCUGAUGUUGUCGUAAAGCAGGAGUCAGUGAUACCACAUACCACAGAUAAUGUCUCGCACAAAAAGUUGGAGAUGACAUUGUCAACGGUCUUACCACAGACCACAGAUAAUGUCUCGCACAAAACCUUGGAGACGACAUUGUCAACGGUGUUACCACAGGCCACAGAUAAUGUCUCGCACAAAACCUUGGGGAUGACAUCGUCAACGUCUCCAAAAGUCAUCCCUAAGGCCGUCACAGACCCAGUGGUCCUUGAACACACUUCAAAAGUAACCAAAGUCCAGGACACCCAACUGGACAUUAAGGGUACCUCACAAAACAUGGAGCCGGAGGAUAUCUCAAUGGCCGCUGAGAGCUUCCCACAGUUCACUGAUGAGACCCGGCAGCUUGAGCACCCCCUGAAAGCCACUGUGGGUACUCCAGAGGACCCUGUGGACUCGACACAGGACAAUGACACCCCUCAGAUCACUGAAGCCCCCCCACAGAAUACACAGGACAUAGGACAACUCCCAGAGGACACCCUGAAAGUCACUUUCACUGAAGUCACCCCACAGGCUACUGAGGACCGCACAAAAGCCACUGUGGAUACUCCAGAGACUGUGGACACACUACCACAGAACAUAGAGGAGGACAGCUUGGAGGUAAUUGAGGAUGCCCGGAAAGUCACUGUAGACAGCCAGGAAGUCACUGUAGAUACCUCCGAGCACAUUGAGGAUGCCCUACAAAUACAAAACACUGCAGACACCCUACAGGGCACGCCACAGCUCACAGUGGAUGCCCCAAUGGUCGCUGAAGAGCUCACCAAGAACACACGUGGUGCCAAACAGAACAAUGGGGACACGCCAAAGCUGCAUGAGGACACCCUACAGGACACACCUGUCACUGAGGACACCCCAGGAGUCCGUGAAGAGACGUCACAGGAACCCAAAGAUACCUCAAAGGUCAGCGGAGAUACCCCGAAGGUCUCUGAGGACAUCCUUAAAGUACAUGUGGAUACUCAGAAGGUCCCAGAGGACACCCCACAGAACACACAAGUCAAUGAAGACACCUCAAUGGUCACUGAAGAUACCCCACAGGACACGCAGUACAAUUCACCGGUCACCCCGAAAGUCACUGAAAGUGCUCACACUCCAAAGGUCACCCCAAGAGUCCCUGAAGACACGUCACAGGACCCCAAAGACGCCUCAAAAGUCACUCAAAACUCUCCACAGAAAACACAGGACACCCCAAAAUUCACUAAGGACACCCCAACUGUCUCUGGGGAUAUCGGACAACAUCCCGGAGAUGGCACUCCACAGGAAAAUGAGAACAACCCACUGGCAUAUCGCUGUAGUCUCUGCAACAAGGUUUUCAAAGGCAAACGUGUUAUAGCCCACGCCAUGUACCACUUCCGCAGGGACCAAUGUAUGUUCUGUAGGAUGCUGUUCAAAAACGACCUGCUCGCCAUGAUGCAUCUAUCCCAACACAUCGACAAGUUGAAAAAAGGAAACCUACCGCCUGAUAUUGAGGAGGUUCGUGAGAACUGUAAAGCUGGGAUGUCAGACACGCCUGGACGUUCAACGCAGAGGGGGAGACGGGGACGCAAGAGGAUCCCUGUAAACUCCUCAGAGUCAACUCCUCCGGAUUACAGGAAGCUACGGUCGACCAAUAGGAUCUCCUCUAUAAACUCCUCAGAGUCAACUCCACCGGAUCGCAGGAAGCUACAGUCUAACCCUAAGCUACUGUCGACCAAUAGGCUCUCAACUGACUCUCAACCUUCACCAGAGACUAAACUCGCAACAGAAGAGUCUGAAGGCAAGCAGUCGACGCAGAGGGUCAAUGGACAGAGGGGCAGAAGACGAGUUAAGGUUGAAGGAACUGAGGGUGAUGGUGAUGCUCGGGCAGAGGAACAAGAAAAGAUCAGUAGGAGGCAAGAGGAGGAGCACUCGGCUCCGGAACAGAGGGAGGAACCCGUGGCGAUCUCUACUUCUCCGGCGACGACAUCGACAGGUGAACAAGGGGGAACCUAUUCCUCUCCUGUGACGAAGACUUUGGAAGAAGAGGAGAAACCCUGUUCCUCGGCAAAGACCAUGGAGGACAACGCAGAAUCUCAGCCUGUAUCGGUAAAACAGGACAGGCUUUCAGUUUCCCCUCUAGAGACCUCAGUUCAGGGUAAAGAGACUCCCGGCAGCUGCCCUGUGGAGGGAUGCACAGAGAUAUUCACUGGAAAACGUCAUUCUCUCCUCGGACAUAUUCUGGACGAUCACCGCGGCGACGCCAAACCCUUGGAAACGACGUUCCGUCACGGGAAUGGAAAAUGCAAUAUUUGCAAGAAGCCCGUUUUGACUUUGCAGCAUUACCAGCACCACAUUGUAUGGCACGGAGGAUAUCCCAGGCAUCCCUGUCUACAUGAUGGGUGUAAAGCCCGGUUCAGUGCAGCGACAGAAAUGAGGAACCACGCGAAGACCCACCAGCCCCUCCUGGCAGUGUGCUGUUUCCCAGGUUGUCGGGAGCGCCUGGCUUGUCUUCCGGAGCUGAACCGCCACGAACAAGAACACUAUCGUCUUCCGAAGGAAGGGAAGGAUGAAUCUGUUUUCGCUACCCUCGUCACCAAUACCACCUCUGUAAAAGUGACUAGACGGUGUAAGACGAAGAGGAAUAAGCUACAGAAGAUGCAGGGUGUAAAGAAACGAUGGCCUCUUGGAGAAAAGGAGGGAUCGGCAACUGACCUCACUACUACUACUACUACUACUGUAAAGGUAACUAGGAAGUAUGACUUGACCAAGACGUUGAAGAAAACACAGGUUAUAAAGAAACGGAAUGUUCAUAGAGACAAGGACCCUCGUACUACUGACCUCUCUACCGUCUCUGUAAAAGUAACAAAUAAGUUGAAGAAAUUGCAGGUUAAGAGGAAACCGUGUGUUGGUAAGAAAAUGGACGCUCCAACAACUCCCGUCACCACGGCCAAUGAAAAGGCUGAAAAAGUGAGCAAGAAGUUAAAGAUGAUUCAUAAGGUAAAGAAAGCGUGGGCCGUAAAGAGAGAGAACGUUAGCAAAGACAAUUAUACCCCAACUGGUCCAACCACCUCCGCCACAAUUACCGCCACUGAAAAAGUUACCAAAAAGCUACAAUUUUUAAAUAAGUUGAAGAAAAUGCUUGUUAUUCAGAAACCGAACGUUAGCAACGAAAAGGAUACUCAACCUGGUCCAGCCACCGACACGAAAGUGACAAAAAAAUCUAAGGUGACCGAUAAGUUAAAGAAAACACAACUUGUAAAGAAACCGAGUGUUGGAAAAGACCCCAGGAAGAUGUCAGCUGUUAGCACAGACGAGGAUACCCAACCUGUUCCUCCCACCGUCGCUCCAAAAGUCACCGAGAAGUUACCCAUGGUGACAGAGAAGGUGAAGAAAACACAAGUUCUAAAGAAACAAAUAGUUAUCAAGGAACCCAAGAAGACAUCAAAAAAGCCCUUGAAGUCAAAGACCUCUGGUCCAGAGAAAGAUGUUAAUAAAGUCACAGACGUGCUGGGAAGUAAAGACAUAGAAGUGGUAGAAAGUAAAUCAAAGGAAGAAGAUAAUAAACCAUCGGUAGAAACAUCAGACUCGACAGCUAGCAGUGUCUGUGACCAGAAGAUGGUUAACGGACAUUUAAAGGUCAUCACUAAAGAAUCACCAAAAUACCAGAAAAGUCUUAAAACAAGCACAGUUUCCAAAUCAAAGAAAUGCGAACCACGAAACCAUAAGCCUGCUACUCCCAAAACCCCUACAAAUACUCCCAAACCCCCUACAAAUACUCCCAAACCCCCUACAAAUACUCCCAAACCCCCUACAAAUACUCCCAAAACCCCUAUCAAGGAGGAAGCGAAAAACUCUACAUUCUUUGGGAAGAUUAACAACAGGCCAUACAUCCGGCCUCCGCCCACGGCCUACCUAGACGAGAGGUACACCACCAUGCCAAAACGCAGGAAAGAGAUGUCCUGGACCACUCGUCUCUCUCCAAUGCGCCCGGACCUGGUGGUGGAGGCAUCGGGGACCACGGCUACACCGUUGGUCUGUAGGCGGCGCUGUGCCAAGUGUUUCUUGUCCUUCGACAGCGGAGAAGAGUUGCAGACGCACCUCUCGCUGAAGAAAUGCACGACCCUUUUUGGUUUCGACUCGGACGAGGAGAGUAGCUGGUGAAGCUGAUGGACAAGAGUACAUGAUUGGAUGUGCUGCUAUGGGUGGGGGGUGUUGAACCCCUUUCUACCCUGCUACCUUACUGAGGGACGACCAGGGUUUACAGGACUCUUAACAUGACUUGCUGGCUAGUCUGGAACAGCCAUGCCAGGCCUCCUCUUGUGACUGAAGCGGGCUAGUCUGGAACAGCCAUGCCAGGCCUCCUCUUGUGACUGAGGCUGGCUAGUCUGGAACAGCCAUGCCAGGCCUCCUCUUGUGACUGAAGCUGGCUAGUCUGGGACUGCCAUGCCAGGCCUCCUCUUGUGACUGAGGCUGGCUAGUCUGGGACAGCUACAAACAGAAGACACCUCUCUCAACCCUGCUACCUUAUUGAAGAGGAUUCUUAAAGCGUUAACUCUUACAUGACUUGCUGACUAGCCUGGUGGGAUGUGACUGAAGUUGGCCUCGGCGGCUACAAACAGAGGACGGAGAACACUAUUAAGGGUUGUGACCAUUCUUCCAUGCUCUGUCUCCCGUGGUCAUAGGAGUAACCUACGACCUUUGAACCCUGACCUAAAAUCCAAAGUUCAGGGGAUUUUGAUUGAUCGACCAGGAAGCGUCUCUAAAGCCUAAAGGACUUAUGAGGCGGACACUAUGAGACCCGGCAGGAUGGUCGGAUAGUUAAUAUAUUCUAUGUUUUCAUUUGUUUUUACCGUAUUUACUUUGGACUGAAGAAGUGCCUGGAACCAACCUGCUACUUCCUGCUUCUCUUCUAUUGGUCAAUGGUCUAGGGGUUGUGUCCCAAAAUGGCAUAUUAUUCCCUCUAUAGUGCACUACCCUAUGUGGGCCCUGGUCAAAAGUAGUGCACUAUAUAGGGAAUAGUGUUCUAUAGGGCCCUGGUCAAAAGUAGUGCACUAUAUAGGGAAUAGGGUGUCAUUUGGGCCACGGAGACUUAUUGCCGGGGGUCAAGGAAUGACUCUUGAAGCUGUGAGAACUGAUGUUAUGCAGGGAUGUUAACUAUACAAAAUGUUCAGAUAUUUAACACACUAAAAAAAAAAAAAAAAAAUA